UCACAAGGCCUCACGUGAAGCUACGUGAGCGUUAGAGCAAACGCGGCAGACGUGGAAUUGACGCGACGAAGGCAACUGAGGCUCAUAUUGAUAGUUGUUCCUCGAGUCCAUGGACUGGCAACAGCUGGAUUUGGCGCCGCCGUACCCUACUUCCUCCUCCUUGACAGCUCAGCUAAAAUCCAAUAUCCUGACGACUGAGCAGUUGAAACAACUCGUGCAACACUCGAUCGGCAGGGCAUGUCUAUUUGCAGACCUCCCUUUGCUUAGUUUCCUGCUGGAGAGUGAUGUCUCUAAAAAUUUUGCGGAUCUUAAUUUUAGAGAUGACAACGGAGUGGGCAUAUUAAGCCAAAGUGUCAUCGCAUUCGGUGAGCAAAAUGACUGCAGUGUCGAUCGGGAGGAGUGCAUCCGGGCACUCAUUGCCCAUGGUGCCUCAGUAGACAUGGGAGAUGACCUGGGAUGGACCCCUUUACAUUAUGCCGCUCUGUGUGCUCCCCCAUCGUUAAUUCUUUAUCUUCUCAAGAGCGGCGCUUCUCCUUUAGCCAAAACUAAGAAGUCACUGACACCUCUCGAUUUAAUCGCAUCUUAUGAUCCCAUUCCUGAACGGCAAGAUGCAGCAUUAAUACUCAGAGAAGCCAUGCGGGAACGUGGCUGGAUUGGAAGCCCUCUGGAUCUUCGCCGUCAGAAACGAGAAAGGAAACAACGUGCACGCCGGGAUAAAUUAAAGAAACGCGCAGGGCAGUGGAAUCGUAUCGGACAUGUUCUCGGCAUCAGUGAUCAUUGGUGGAGUGGACGCUCCAGUCCGGAUUUAGACUCAGACGAUGAAAAUGACCCUAUGUCGCUCUCUGAUGAUGAGGAUGACCUCGAGGAUGAACUCAUGCCAGAUGAGGAGCUCACUCCGCCAAAAGACUGCACGUCUUUCCUUGCCUUUUCCCCAGACUCUGUACCUUCAAUCCUGCAAUCCGUAAUUGUGGACGCGGAUCCAGCUAUUCACCCAAUCACAACUCGCUCUGCACCUGCGAAUGCUAUCUACUUACUGUCCCGCUUCGCAUGCCUUUAUUGUGAUGAAUUAUGGUUUGACACGUUAAUAACCUCAGCCGUAGACCGAAUAGAACAAGUUGUGUAUAAUAGACCUGACCGUCACGAAGAUAUGGCUCACCUUACAUUUUGGCUAUAUAACUCGACAAUACUUCUUCAUCUCCUCCGGUGCGAUCGAGAUCUUCAUGACAUGUGCGAGAGUCUAGACCUUUAUUCGCUGUUGGAGGAGCUUGUGAAUGCAAUAUAUGUUUUCAUCGUCCGUGGUACAGAACAGCGGCUGGAUCCAUUGAUUGAUGCCGCGCUUUUAGACUACUCACCACUAGCCUCAGAAUUUGAGAACAUCCAGUUUGAAAGUGAAUGGUCAUUCUUCAAGUCGCUCACUCCAAAACGCAGGACGGGUCAUUCGUCUAUAUCAAGCGCCCAUUCGUAUUCCAGUUCCGUGGCUUCGCUAGACGGAUCACCGAUGAAGCGACCAGCAUCUCCAGUUACAUCGUCAUCAGCAGGCGCAAAAGCCUUAAAUUCCCUUCGUCAAACCAUCGGUCGAUCAAGCCAUCCACCUUUGUCCACUACAUUUCCGCCGUCAUCACCCGCACCAACUUCGACGACUGUGGUACCAGUAACAACUCCUCUUUCUCUCACGAGUGUUCUCACAUCUAUCCAUUCGCUGCUCACAUUAUACUCCAUUAACCCCAUCAUAAUCAUUCAAGCCCAUACCCAAAUCAUGUAUUGGCUUGCUUGCGAAGUCUUUAAUCGCAUAAUUAAUCGAAAGAAGUAUCUCUGUCGUAGCCGAGCCCUUCAAAUAGGCCUAAACGUCAGCGUGCUGGAAGAAUGGACUGGGAAUGUUGGACUCCCAAGUGGCGUGUGCUCACAUUUCCAGGGCGUUCGCGAGCUUUUGACAUGGUUACAAUGUCAUUCGUCGAUAGACCAGUUUCCGGCUUUGAUCGACACAAUCCAGACAAUGAAAGCCCUCAAUCCAUUUCAAAUGCGACGGGCAGUACGCGAUUAUCGGUACGAAGUUGGCGAAGGACGCAUGAGUGAGGAAUGUUUGCAAUACUUGGCGCAGUUGCAGAAGGACUGGGAGCGUCGGCGGGUACGAAUGGGCGUGGAAGCUCUCAAAAAAGAAAUUGCCGAUCGCAGUAGGGAUCGGGCGGACAGCGUAGCAUCUGGGAGAAGUGGUCACACCACGGAUCAUCCAGUCAACCCUCUUCGACCUACGACUCCUGCUGACGACGGUGCUUCAGAAACGCUAUCCCAUGAGUCAAAUCGUCAACGAAGCGAAACCCAGAAAGCUGUUGAUGCAUUAUUUGAUCGUAAUCGCCUAAAGAACGAGUGGUCGGCUCCAACUCCACCCAAUGUGCUCGGCGAGCUAUUGGACAGCACCUAUAUGCUUCCCUUAUCAUUACCCUCCGACCCAGAACUUCUUUCUGCCUGGCCAGAGAGGAAGGAGAGAAGACGCCAAAGCCGAGACUUAACCACAGCAGCGAACGGAGAAGGUCCACGUAGUGCUAGUCGUGCCAGCGUUGGACAUCGGGGAGAGAUGAAAUGGCGUAUGCGCUCCCGAACCGUCCGACAAGUCCUGCCUUCUCUUGUGCAAUGGGUGGACGGAGGCGUUAGUGUCACAAUGCAUGAGGAGCUAGAGGAAAGUGAGGCGUUGUCGGAUGGAAGGGCGAUUUCCCCAGUUCUCGACGCGGAUGGAACCGCUCAGGCUGGACUGGGGAGUCCGGCCCGAAUAAAACCUUUGGGCGAGAUUUCAUUCACGUUGCCCAGAGUGGCGCUACGGAGGCAUGGGUCGAGCCGAAUCCCUCGAGAAAGUUCUGGUGCGGACACCAUAGUCCCUUCCGAUUACAAUAGUCGUGACAGUCUUACGCCGGAGCGAUCUCGGAGGCUUUCGCAUGAUCAGUAUUAGUCUUAUGUCUAUACAUACUACAUGUAGAGUUUCAAACAAACGGUGUCGGCAGAUUCC